UACCAAACUAAGAACUGAAUGCUAAUAAUAAUAAUAAUAAUAACAAGAAGAAGAAGAAGCAGCAGUCAGUAAACCAUCAUCAUUCUGCUGUUUGCUGUUUUCUGUUCUCUCUCUGCAGUCUGAGGUCACAUAAUUUACUGGAAACUCUGACUUCAGAGCUCCGUUAUCUGGGUGGAGUUCACCGAUUUUCAGCGCCGUUUUUCUCCCGUUUCUCUGUGAAGCUGAUCCUCACGGAUUAUUUUCUAAACUAGCAUUCAGGAAGCGACAUCAACUUGUGUUUGCUGAUUAAACUUUGGGGGGUUUUGUCAGUUAUUUCCACCAAACUACCAGAGGAUCAGAGGAGGAAGAAGACGGUAAAAUGUCUGCUGGAACAUCUGAGUUCUUCUGUCUGAUCUGUUUACUGGUCUGUUCCUGUACAGCUCAGACAAACAUCACAGCUGAUCUUGGACAGGAUGUCAUUCUACCAUGUACAGUUCCCAACAACAAGAUCACAGCUGCAGAGUGGAGAAGAUCUGAUCAGGAUCCAGAAUAUGUUCUGUUCUACAGAGAUGGACACUUAGAUCCAGACAGCCAGCAUCCAUCUUAUCAGAACCGGGUGGAUCUGCAGGACAAAGAGAUGAAGGAUGGAGAUGUUUCUCUGAUUCUGAAGAAUGUGACGAUGGAGGACAAUGGAACAUUCGAGUGUUGGGUUCAUCAGGGACGAAAGAAAGAACUCAUCAGCACCAUCAACCUGGAAGUUGUUGAACCAGGAGACCAGGAUGGAGAUACUGGAGAUGGAGGAAACAAGGAUGGAGUCCUGGUUAUCUUCAGUCCUCCGCUGGUCACAGCUGUGAUGUUUAUGUUUGUGAUUGGUCAUGUUGGUUCUGUGAUCUACCAUGAACGUCGUCCUCGUCAUUGAGAAGCAGAGAAUCUACCGACUGAACGGUUUGAA